AGGUAUUUUUUUUAUUUUUUUUGUUUUUGUUUAUUUAUUACAUGUAAUUUCCGUUCCCUACUAACUUUAUUUCUUCUUUUAGUUUUAUGGGUUUUGUUUUUACUUGGUCCCCUUGUUUGGUCCCCCUGUUUAUCUCAUUUCGUCCCUUCUCCACUUUUUUGUUUUCUUUUGUCUCUUCAUCUCUUUUGCUCUUUUUAUUCUUCCCUUCCUUCAUUUUUUCCAUUGUUUUUUAUUUCCUCUUCGUUCCUUCGUUUUUUUCAUUCCUUUACACUACCCUUCGUUCCUUUCAUUUUUAUUCCAUUCCCACUUCAUCCUUUUCGUUCCUUUACACUAUCCUUUGUCAUUUUCAUUUUUUUUCCAUUCCCACUUCUCUUUACGCUACCCUUUGUUCCUUUCAUUUUUUUAUUUCCUUUGCUCCAUUUCGUCCCCCUCCAUUCUUUUCAUUUUUUCAUUCCCACUUGAUCUUUUUCGUUCCUUUUGUUUCUUUCACUCCCCCUUUUCUCCAUUUCGGUUCUCCCUCACUCCCCCUUCGUUUCUUUUAUUCCCUUUUACUCUCCUUAUUUUUUCAUUCACUCUCAUUUUUUUUGAUUAAUUUUUUAUUAAUUAUAAACUUUAUAAUUAUUUAUUAUUUCUUAUUUUAUAUUACGUCAAUCUUAAACUUAUAACCAACUUAAAAAAAAUAUUUGAAUAAUUAAAUGUAUUAGAAUCUAUUCAUUUCAUUUAUUAUUAUUCUUUUGGUACUUAAUUUAACUAAACCAGAAUUAAAAUCUUUAUUCAAAAAUCUGGUAGUUAUUUAGAGAAUUACGAAUAUGGAUUUGGUUAUAAUAAUCUAUUAUUAAAUCAACAAUUUCUUCAAAAAAAAAAAUGAUAUUUUUACAUAUUUUAUAAUUAAUUAAUUGAUUUUAUGAAUUUUGAAAAUCAAACUAUUUAUCCAGCGUUCAAUUUAAUUGAAUCAUCUUUCCAUCAACGUCGGUCGAUUUUCCUAUAUCUGAUAUGUUAUAUUGAUUUUUUUUAAAAAAAUAAUAAUUUUGUAAAUAUAUUUAAUAAAAUAUUUUAUUUUUUAUUUAAUAAUAAAAAAGAAUUUAAAAAAAAUUUGAGGGGAAGAAAAAGGAUAAAGAAG